AUGUCCGCCCACCCACCCGCGUCCCCCACGAUGCAGAUGCACUACCCCCCGCCCGUCCCCGCGUCCCCCUCGUCCCCCACCUCGCCCACCUCGCCCGCUGGGCCGCGCACAGCGACGCCGCUGCCGCCGCCGACGACGACGACGACGCCACCCCGCCGCCUCUCGCUGUCCCUCCCGCUGCCGCUCCAAUUCCAACUCCCAGACCUCGCCCACGUCCUGCUCAAGCUCCGUCCCCUCACACACCCUCUUCCCUCCACCACCACCACCACCCUCCCCCGCUCGCACUCACUCUCCUCCAACCUCAACCCCGCCAGCCCCGCCAACGCCAGCGCUGGAGCCGCCGCGGCGUCCUCCGGCCCGACGCCCCUCACCCACCGCGCGCUCCUCGCCCCAGGCGCCGUCGCCGCGCGCGCCCCCGCGGCCCUCGUGCGCGCAGACACGUUCGUCGUGCACGGCGCCGUCGACGUGCGCACGCUCUUGCGCGCCGCGCGCGCGGCGCUCCUCGAGCGGGCGGCGCGCGCGGGGGCAGAUGUGUUGGUCGAGGAGAGUUGGACGUGUGCUGUUCGUGGGCCGUCGAGGGGCGGCGUCUAUCGCGUCCAGGUGCCCCCUGUCCGUCCCCGCACCACAUAUGCCCUCUCCCUCCCCCCCUCUCCACCUCGCUCCACCUCGCUCCACCUCGCACACUCUGCAUGCAUACCCGCGUGUCCGCGCUCACCGCGAUCGCGUCUCCCCACGCGCACGACGCCCCUCCCCUCAACUCGCACUAACUCCGCCCAUCACGCACGCCCCCAAUCACGCCCAACCGCACCCGACCCAAAGAUCGAAUACAAAGCCACCCCCGCCCGCGCCGCCCAUCCCACCACCACCGCCGCCGCGGCUGUGCCCGAAUCCCCCACGAGCCCGCGCCCCGCGUCGCCCGACUCGCCCACCACGCCCGCUGCUACUGCAACGCCUCCCGCCCCCGCGCGCGACCCCGGCCGCCCCGUCGCGCUCGAUAGGGCGCGCGCGCUCAGCGCCAUCCGCCGCGCCGCGUCGCGUCUUCGUCCGCCCGUCCGCGCGCCCGGGCUCAUCCGCGCCGUAGAAUGUACUCUCGCGCACGAUCCGCCGCGGCGGCGCAUCCACACGACCGCGCGGCCUCGUCUUUCUCCCUCCGUCUCCGUCGCACGUUUCCCUCUCUCUCACACACGGCCUGUAUCCGUGCCUCUCUUUCUUGUGCUCCCGCCUGUACUUCGUAUCUGCCCCCCCCUCCCCACGGCGCACGGCGCCCCAGCCGACCGUCCGCCGUCCGCCGCACCUGCCUGCGUUGUACCUUGUAAUUGUACCCAUACGAUACGCUCCACACUCCGUACCAUACCGCACCUCACCGUCCUGUACCUUACUACCAUAUACCAUACCGCACUGCACCUGCACCCGCACCUGCACCCGCACCUGCACCUGCACCUGCACCUGCACCUGCACCUGCACCUGCACCUGCACCUGCACCUGUACACUACACCGAGCGCCCCGGCCCGCUUCUCUCGAACCCGCGACCGCGACCCACAAUACACACGUUUAUCUAACUUGGCGCCGUCCCGUCCCUUUUUGGGGAGGUCGCAGCUCUCCCGCGCGGGGCGCGAGCGCUGA